AUGUCGUGGAACUAUCUUUGUCCCAAAUGGUGGGGCUUAAAAUUGAUCAGGCAGCUGAUCAGAUUAUAUGAUGAGCCAAGCUUGAUCAAAACUAUAUUCUCGUUUGAAAUCCUAACCAAGUGUGAGCAAUGUGUUACUCGUCUCGCUAGGGUGUUACAAGCCUGGCUUGAGCAGGAACUCCAAAUGUACACUUUAGACGAUAAGACACACAUAUUCUCACUUGUUGGGCUUGCUUUGAGAAACUUCGUAAAGAAUUACAUUGCCGUGCAGCAAGACCAAUUUCAGCGCCUAUUGCCAACCUUCAUCCAAGUAAUUGACUUGACAGAACAGGAGGAAACUGAAUACUGGGAUGUUAUGUCUGCUGUUUUUGAGGGCAAACAGAUUGCUUCAGUUACGUCUGACACAAGCUGCUUUGAGAGGCCUAGCUUGGACUCAGUUACUUCAACUUCUGUGGAUACAGGCAUCAAUAACAAGGUGCAUCUUCUGAGAACUAUGCUUCAGUGGGAGGAGCAGCUGCGGUCUGAAACAGGUCUUCGGCAACCAAAUCAUAAUGUGAAACGUUUUAGGAACCUCAACUCUCUUUCUCUUGGGGAAGUGGUAAUUGUAUGUUGGCCCCAUGGCGAAAUAAUGAGGUUGAGAACUGGCAGCACUGCUGCAGAUGCAGCUAGAAGAGUUGGACUUGAGGGAAAGCUGGUCUCAAUAAAUGGUCAACUUGUAUUGCCUAACACGGAGCUCAAAGAUGGCGAUGUAGUUGAAGUUAGGGUGUAA